AUUUCCUUUGUAGAUUGAGAUCGAAAAUAGAUAUCUGUCCUCUCUAAACUCAUCCAUCCACGUGUAAUCGCCUUUGUAGCGCGUACCCUUCACGCCCACAUUAUAAAACUCGUUUCUUGCCUCUCGUGCAUUCUCUCACCGCCUUCAAAUUUUCCCCAGAAUCACAACGAUAUUGGAUUCUCAAAUAGGAAAAUAAUUAAAUUCAUAAAUCCACGCUUUUGGAAAUUGCAUCCAUCUCCUCUUCGAUAGUCAGAGAAUACAAUUCUAUUGUAGGUCUCCGGCGAUGUCGCUUGCCGGAGCGGAGGUCGUGGGCACAUCGACGGCUACGGUGAUGCUCCGUCUUAAAGAUGCCACGAGUUGGUGGGAUGUUAUGAACGAUUCACCCGUUUGGCAGGAUCGCAUAUUUCACGUCCUCGCUGCCCUUUUUGGAAUCGUCGCCGCCAUUGCUCUUGUACAACUGGUAAGGAUACAAUUGAGAGUGCCGGACUAUGGUUGGACCACACAGAAAGUCUUCCAUUUUCUCAAUUUCUUUGUCAAUGCAGUUCGAUGCGUAGUAUUUGCAUUUCGUCGGGACGUACAAAAGCUGAAUCCAGAGAUUGUCCAACAUAUCUUGCUUGAUAUGCCUAGUCUUGUGUUCUUCACAACGUAUGCACUACUGGUGUUGUUCUGGGCAGAGAUUUAUUAUCAGGCACGCGCUGUAUCAACGGAUGGGCUGAGGCCUACUUUCUACACAAUUAAUGUUGUGGUGUAUGCCAUUCAGAUACUUUUGUGGUUAAUUAUAUGGUGGAAGCCCAUCCCACUAUUGAUAACCUUAUCGAAGAUGUUCUUUGCAGGUGUGUCUUUAUUUGCAGCACUGGGGUUUCUUCUUUAUGGUGGAAGGUUGUUCUUAAUGUUACAGCGAUUCCCAGUAGAAUCAAAAGGAAGACGCAAGAAGCUACAGGAGGUUGGCUAUGUAACCACAAUAUGUUUUACAUGUUUUCUCAUUCGAUGUAUUAUGAUGUGCUUUAAUGCAUUUGAUAAAGCCACAGAUUUGGAUGUUUUGGAUCAUCCUGUUUUAAACUUCAUAUAUUACCUGUUGGUAGAGAUAAUACCUUCUUCGCUUGUCCUUUUCAUACUGAGGAAGUUGCCUCCAAAACGUGGAGUCACACAAUAUCAGCCCUUCCGUUGAUGGUGAAGAGAUGUUAAAUGUUGGAAACAAAUAUGGAGUUGUGUGAUCAUGUCGAAUUGGCAUUGGGGAGAAACUUCUGCCUGAAACAGAAUCCAAAAACGUGAUAAUCAUGGUGUUUGUAUGGCAAGGAAUGGCUUGUGAACUAUUAAGCUUGUUCUCACUUCACAUAUUGUAGACCUUCACUGAAUUGUGAUUUAACAGAGAAUGGUGAAAUAUGAUGCUUCUUUUUAUUUUUAGUGAAAAUUGUCUGUUUGGUCGGAGUCUCAAUCGAAAUCUUUUGUUCGUUUUUGCGCUUCAUUUUUCCCCGCGUGUGCUUGACAGCCAAAGUGAAAGAAAUGAACAAUUCUGUGAUGUAGAAACAGAGAAUGCCCAACCAUUUGUUUUGUGUUUA